AUGGAGGAGGAUAACCUGCGGGAUUUAAUGAACCGCCUGCGGUUUGCCACAGGCAAGGCCAUUGAGGCCCCCAUGCCAGAGGCCACCACCACACGCAUCGAUGAACAGUGUCGUUUGGUGAUUCAACAGGCACUAUGCCACCAUCCCGCCUUGGCCAUGCUUCAACAGACAAGGGAUGAACUUAAGAAACAUGUUAUGGAACAAAUUCAAGACUCUCUUCAGACUGAGGGCUCACCUUCGGAUGAUGUGGGGCGUCUGCUUGGGUGGAUCAAUGAGACAUCAGAGGCGCUGGAGACGGAGCGAUUGUCAGCCGUUUACAGUGACCCCGAGGAGGUGUUUAAUGCCUUGAAGCGUCGAGCACUUGGGGAUUUGGGCAUUGAGGCGCUUCCCAAACACUUGCAAUGUGGGGCUGGUGACCUGUCGCCAUGGAAUGUACUAUUCACCCUUGUCUUUGGUCCUCUCUUGACCCUUGAUGAAACGCGAUACAGACGGGUGGAGAUGCACAUUCCAAAUCCGACACAGGCAAUGGUGACAGAUCUUACGGAAAUUAACAAGAAUGCCUAUAGCACCCCGUCAUGGAUAUCACUUCUGAAUAGCCUUGCGGGAUUUCCGAUUAAAGCAGUCAGACAUGUAUGGCUUGCGGCUCUCUUUUUCUUUCCGACAAGUGGGCCUUUGGUGGCUGCCUAUCUGACGAGAGAAAUAGAGGAGGCUGCGAGACGACGUUUUCUAUGGGAUGAGGGAGACGAGGACGAUGCAAAGGAAACGUAUUGCUCCUAUUGUCGUGUCCUGAACUGUUUUUUUCGUCAUCUUCCACUAUGUUUUAGCGUUGAUUUGUUUUGUCUAUUUAUGGGUUUUUUGGAGCGUUUUAUUCGUCCAGACGAUGCCACGUUGGAUAAUGUCUUCAGGACUGCGCUGCAGCGAUACAUUGGGCACUGUCCGGCGAGCGCGGAGGUUUGGAAGAAGUACAUCCGCUGGAAAAGCGAAAAAAUUCGUGACGCACAUCUGCGACGUGAGUGGGUUCGUAAAAUGUACAUUCGGGUGCUUCGAACACCCUUAAAUGGUUUAAACGAAAUCAAAGAGGACUAUGAAUUCUUUCUGAAGGCAGAAUACAGGGGAAGACCUCCGACUGAAAGCCGCUUAGAAGAGAGGCUUGUCCGCGCACGCGGGGCAGCCGUUGAAAUUAACAGAUUCAUAGGGAUGCACGGGAAUGUUCAUGGCGGAGAUGCUUUGCCGAGGCUCUUGUACCUUCCGCGCCCGGUAACGCUGACGGCAAACAAUACCUCUCGCGUUGUGGCGUCGGAGAAGGAGGAAAUUAUGCGUCGCUUGGAGGUGGAACUUUGGGCUCACUGGACAUCCUUGAUUGAUCGAGAGACCGGAUCUACCGCCUACAUGGGUAUGGAGUUAUUUGGUUAUGAAAGGGUGCGAUUCUUCUUUGCGAUGCGGGCUAGCGUCUUCCCUCACCAGGCCUUUUCUUGGACUAGCCUUGUAGAUUAUUGCCUCGGACAACAGCCGCUUCUUUCGGAGGCUGAGCGACGGGCAAUGGCGAGGGAAGUUCUCGAAAAGGCGUCCUUUUUGCUAAAAGGGAAUUUUCUUAUGCAGCUCUCGUACUGUGAUUACAUGCUACGGGAUCUGGCGGACCCAGACUACGCCCACCGAUCCAUGAAGGGUUUACUCCUUCAGCAGCGCCAGUCCAUUGUGGACUACAUUAAGAAAGAGGCCCUUGUUUCUCUCGAAGGGGCGAUGGUAGCGUUGGAACGCAUUGCCCUGCUGUCCAUCAACUGGAUGCGGUGGGGCAGUGUAAGUAAGGAGGUGACAAACUCUCAGUACAUUCGAUUAGUGGCACGCUUUACAAUGCAUCGUGUGGAAUUUCUCUCACUGAUCAUGGGUGUUAUUCGACGCGCUUCGAAGGAGGAGCGUAACUUUGUGCCGCGCCGUUGUCUGCUUGCAUUUAACACAUUUUGUCACUUUUGGGUAGAGCUCGAGCUUAUUCGCAAUCAGGCCAAAGCUGAGGCGGUUAUGAUACUCGAACGAUGGAAGGACCAUUUGAACAUGUUUUGCGGUUCCGCCAAAGACAAGGGAUGGGGCUUAGUGGACUGCGGCGUUGACGAGUAUUUUAUCUCCAGCUGCGCGAAUUUGUGCCGUAGUGAUCCAUCGGCGGUGCAGAAGGUUUUGGGGUUUAUGGAUGAAGUACGGCUUACGGCUGUGAACUCCCUUUCCUUUUUGCCGGAAGAAUUGGAUUCGCUGUUAAACAAUAUAAGAGGAGUUCGGGACAUGUUCUUUGUUGUGGAUGCCGAUGCCGGGAGGGUCUCAUCUUCCCCGCUGCCUUUUUGCCUGUUCAGUUCGCGACUACGGGGUGCGACCGUCCCGCUACAGACGUACGAUCAUCACCUGUUUUCUGCAGGGGAAGCGUGGCACGAGGAGGAGAAAACGUACAUGUCGCGGCAUGCGGAGGAGGCGAGUGAGGGGGGCAGUGCUGCCAUGAACGCACCAAUGGGGUCUUCUGUGGAAUUAAUGCCGGACGACGCGCGUUGGAUCCCGCAUGUACCAAAGCGAGCCCAUGCUGCAGCAGAAACCUCACAGCUUGCUCAGAGAGCGAACACUGAACAGGAAGUCAAGCAAAGGAGAAACAAACGGCCACCCAACAGGCGGUCCCUCGUUGCCGAGGGUGUGUUGCUUCAUGAUUUGCCCACUGCCAUCCACGCCGCGGGGUGCACGACUGCAUCCGAUGCGGUACUUCUGCGAAAGGUUGAAAAGAUGUUGGUCAUGUACCUGCCGUCAACGUAUGAGACGGAUGUUUUGUUUCGAGACCGUGCGGUUGGCACGGAGUGGCUACUUCAAUUUAUGGAGCGCAUGCCUGCCAUGCAGUGA